GAAUAGUAUAAAUUAGAAACUCAUCGAGUCGUCUGGCGAUAUAUUAUACAUAUUAUAUGCACAUUUUCCGUUUGCGAUUCAAAAGACGACUUAUUCUUUAUAGUAUAACUAGCUGCGUUUGUCAUCACAAUGUCUAAAAGGAUACUAUCGUCAUUCGGCCUCGUCCAGUUUUUUCUUCUUUGUUUGCAACUAUCGCACUUCGUGUCGUCGACUCAAGUGAACUCAUUUGACGAUUUGUUUCACGGAGAAAUAACAGGAAACAACGAAUCAGACCAAUACUCCAUGACGGAUUCCUUUCUAGUUGAAGUAAACAAAUCUGUGACUUUCUGGUUGUAUACGAAAGAGCACUCCGAAUCUAGUCUCAGGCUGGUGCCCGACGACCCGGAAUCAUUGUCGUCAUCGGGCUUCAACGGCAGUAACCCGACCAAAAUCUUGAUACACGGAUGGUUGGGCGACAGUGAAAGCGACCAGAGCAUCUGCAUGAUUUUGAAAGCUGAAUAUCUUCCGUUGUACGAUUAUAAUGUGGUGUGCGUGGACUGGAAAAGCUUGGCAGUGGAUAUUCCGUACUUUACGGCUCGGAUGCGUUGCAAAGAAAUCGGAAACUAUGUAGGUGAAAUGAUAAUGACAAUGACGGAAAACACGUCUCAGAGCAACGAUGAUAUACACAUUAUAGGUUUUAGCAUGGGUGCUCAUAUUGCUGGUUACGCCGGUAAACGACUCGGUGGAAAAGUACAUAGGAUCACUGGCUUGGAUCCCGCCAGACCGAUGUUCUCCAGUAAAUCGCCUGCCCACAGACUCGACCAAACCGACGCGCAAUUUGUGGAUGUCGUGCACACGACAAGUUUGGUGUUGGGGCAGUACAAACCGAUAGGAAAUAUCGACUUCUAUCCUAAUGGAGGCAACACCAAACAACCGGGCUGCAGAUACGAUUACGUGUAUGGCGAGAUAUGCAGCCAUUAUAAAGCUUAUCAGUUUUAUGCGCGGUCCAUCCGGUCCAGAGACGAGUUCAAAUCGAUCAAAUGCGACAAAUGGAAAGAUUACGAGCAGUCCAAAUGCGAAGAUUCCGAGAAUUACACGUACAUGGGCGAAUACGCGAAUUGCAGUCUUUCUGGCAAUUAUUAUUUGUCAGUUGUGUGAGCUGCAGUGGCGUCGAUCGUAUCGUUACAUCAUACAAAUAUUGUUAAACAUUUUUAUUUAGCUUGAUUUGUCUGUAUAUUAAUUAGUAUUUAGUAUGUUACUCAUAAUGACUGUAACAGCUUUACGAUCCAACGUUAAAGUGUUUGUUUUACAAGCAUAUUGUUUACAUUUUAAUUAAUAUCUGUGUUCUAAUAAUUUUGAUUUUGUAUAAUCAUUUAUCAUUAUUCAUUAUAAUAUUCUUAUUAUUAAAUCGUUCAUGCAAUUUAUACGAUUAUAUUAAAUAUAUACUAAUAAAAAAUAAUAAUUAUAUAUUA